AUGAUGAUGGAGAAAGAGAAAACACGAUCUGCAAUUGCUACAGAUGUACCAUCAGGGGAGGAUACAGAUCAUCCUAUCAGAUGUGAGCUUUAUGUUGAAGAUAUUGAUUCCCAUCAGUUGGUAGUAUUUAGGAAGAUGUUUGAAGGGCUACUAUGUUACAUAAUGCCUCAUCAUGCUUGUUUGGUUAAGGUCAUAGUUGAAAAAGUUCGAGAUGAUAGUGUUAUUAUAUCUAUCACAAGGACUGAUUCCGGUUACCUUACAACUUUGUCAUUAAAAAUGGGAAGGAUGCCAUGCUGUGAGAAGGUAGGGUUGAAGAAAGGACCAUGGACACCAGAAGAAGACAAGACGCUCCUCGCCUAUGUUGAAAAGCAUGGCCAUGGAAACUGGCGUUCGGUGCCUGCCAAAGCGGGUCUUGAAAGAUGUGGAAAGAGUUGCAGAUUGAGGUGGAUUAACUACCUCAAGCCUGAUAUAAAACGAGGAAACUUCAGCAUGGAGGAAGAUCACACCAUAAUUACUCUUCAUGCUCUUCUCGGAAACAAGUGA